CCCUUCAGACCGUUUCAGACAAUCAGACACAAAACCUCUCGUUUUUCAGCUGUCAUUUUCCCCCACCAAAUCAAAAUCACUCUUAUCUCGCGAUGGAUUUCGACAGUCUUACGAGAAGAGAUCUUCAGUUCUUCUGUAAGAAGAACAAGAUCCCAGCCAAUAUGACCAAUAUCGCCAUGGCAGAUGCUCUCAAAGCUCUUGAGAUUGUUGAAGGUAUUGAGGAGUUCAUGAACCAAUCUGAGUCCACACGUGACCUGUCUCCAACAAGCGUAGCCAAGAACAUGCCAAGCGCUGCACGCACUGCGGCUAGAACAACUCGGAGAAAGACCAAAGAUGAAACUCAACCAACGGAGCUUGUGACCCGUUCUUGCCUUGUGACGAGCAAGUCUCUAGCUGGAGAGCUGGAGCAAGAAAACAGAAACGCUAACGUUGAUCCAUCACUACCUCAGAGCCGUAGAAGAGUUGCUGCCACAGUUGCUAUGAAUCUGGAGGAGAGCAAAACUCCAGCGGUGAGAAGCACAAGGAGGGCUCAGCCAGCUGCUGCAUCUGAGUCGGUUCAGAGGGUGUAUAGCACGAGAAGAUCGGUCAAGUUGCUUGAGGAAUCCAUGGCUGACCUGAGUUUGAAGACUAAUGUGCCUUCAAAGAAGAAGGAAGAUGCUGAAAGUGAAGGCUCCAAGCUUCAGGCAAAAUCAGAGGACAACUCUGAAGCUAUCUCAGUGAGAGAUCUAAAUGAUUCGUGGGAUGAUUCGAAGAAUGAUCCUGAUCUUGAUGUUUUAUAUGGUGAUCUUGGUGAUAUCACUUUCGUUGAUGCAACAACCUCUAAGGAACAGAUGAAUGGAACAGAGUCCAACACCGUUCCAGCUUCAGAGUCUGAAGAAAUGAAGAAUGAUUCUGAAACUGAAUCAGAGGAGGAUGAUGAUGAUUCUGGUGGUGUUGUUGCUGACACAAACCAAGAGGGAUCUGAGUCUAAGGUCUCUGCUAGUGAUAAUGUGGCUAAGGUAGACACUGUCCCAACAGUUGUGCUGGCUGAAGAAUCAGAAGAAAGCUGCGAGUCUGAUGAAUCAGAGAUGGCUAUAGUUUCAGACAAGAAGACUCAAGAAUCAGACAGUGAUGAAUGGUCUGAUUAUGAGAUAAGCGAGGUAGAUGAAAAGAGUUUGAGAACUGGAGAAGUGAUAGAUUCUUUUUCAGACAAGAAGACUUCAGCUUCUUCUUCUUCAGUUCUUGCUGGUAAAGAGUCAAAAACUCCACUGAAGUCCUCGUUUGAAACAGAAUCAAACGAACCAGCCCUUCUUGUUGCAGACAAGAACACGGAGAACAAAGAGAAUGUUGAGGAGGAGAUGGUUCUUGACAACAAUGGAGAGAGAGAAGCAGAGGCCGAGACUAAGAAGAAGAAGAACUUGAUCGAUGAAGAGAGCCUUAAAGACAUAAGCGUGAGGCAACUAACGAAGAUGGUGAAAGAACUUGCUAUCAAGAACAAGCAACAACACAAGAGCUUAGAGUAGUAGAGAAGAAACUGUUUUAGCCUUUUGAAAUCAUUUCCUUCUCUGCUCAAAAAAAUACUGUUGCUUAUUUUGUUUUCUAAGGUUGCUAUGUUUUUCCU